CGCCUUUUUAUUGUUUAGCGGUCAAUAGUGAUUACUUAUUUAUUAGUUAUUUACUUAUUAGCUGGUUAAAUAGUAAUAAGUUAAAUGGUGGAAAUGGUCGAUCGCUGAGUACUGAAUACUGAAUUCUGGGAUCAGCUUGUUGCGUUGCCGCGUUGGCAUAAAUACAUGCUACGUUAAGAUUCUGAAUACGAUUUUAUUACGACGGAACAGAAAUUCAAAGGUCGAUUCCGCUCCGCCUGGGAAGCAAACUGUUAACUUGACGACUUUAAUAUCCUGUUCAGGGAUGGAGGACUCACGAGAAUCGACCUUAAACAAAAAGGACGUGAUUGAUGGUACAAGUUCAUCAAAUUACUUGGGCUGUAAAGACCUAGGUGUUUAUAGUUUGGAAAACUCCAGAGGCUCCAAACGCAGUCGUUACUUGUAUCCUGAUACCAAGAUAUGGCCUAUGGGGUAUGGCUUGAAUACUUAUGUGUAUAAACGUAAGCAAAAAAAGUGUCUAAUGAAUAAUGACAAUUUUGAUACAUUACCAGAAGAAAUAGUAUUAAAGAUAUUUAAAAUGAUGGACAAGCGUACUUUACUAAAGUGUGCACUUGUAUGCCAUCAAUGGCGACGUAUUGCAUAUGAUGAAUCUUUAUGGCAACAUUUAAACAUACCGUCUCGUCGUAUGAGUGUGGAGACUUUAGAUAAUAUUCUUGCCCGUAAUAUCAAAUACUUUUCUGCUUCUCAUUCAAAUUUUUAUAUUUUUGCAAACCAGUGUUUAUGUAAAACACCAUUUCCCAAGUUGCAGUACUUAGAUUUGAGUUCUGUAUUCAUGCAUUAUAAUACGCUACGUUCAUUAUUAAGGCAAUGUUCUAAUUUGAUAAAACUGAGUUUGGAAAACUGUACUGUAGAUUCCUUAUGUUGCCAGUACAUUGGAUACAAUACCAAUUUAAAAGUACUUAACUUAGCUUCAACAGUUGGUCUUGACCGCAAUGGCUUGGAACACAUAGUGUCUCUCCAAAAUUUGGAAGAAUUGAAUGUGUCUUGGGCUAAAUUGGAAGAUGACAAUUUACAUUAUCUGGUGGCCAAUAUGAUCCCAAAUAUAAAAUGCCUUAAUAUUAGUGGAUUUUUGAAACAGUUAGCAGAUUUUGAUUUGUCAAGGUUGAGUAGCCGUUGUACAAAACUAAUUGAAUUGGAUAUUAGUGAUAGCCUUGCUAUUACUGCAAGUAGUUUGGACAAAAUAUUGGAGAAAAACCAUGAAUUAAAAGUGUUGUCCAUUAAUCGCUGUUACAAUAUUGAUACUCCUAGACUGUUAAAUCUAACGGAGCUUUCGAGAAGGAAAAGAAAUUCUAUUAUGAGUUUGAAGGAGGUGAAUUUUAUUGGCAUAACACCCACUCGAAUAUUGGAGGAUAUAGCUAAUAUGCUAAAUAACCCAGAUAUGGUUUUGAAAAUAAAUGGUAGCAAGUUUUCUGGUAUUGGCCGUCCAAAACUGGCUCAGAAUAAACAUACCAUUUGGGAAAUUCCUGCUUUCAUAGACUGCUAAUACUUUACUUUAUAGGUAUGACUAAUGUUCCAUUGCCAAUAUACUGUGAUUUAAGUUAUAGACCAUUAGAAUAGAGUUUUAUGAA